AGACAUGGCUGAUCUCGGGAACAGAAGAGUGAUCCACUGCCGCUUGAGCUUCACCUGCUCCCUGCUCAUUGUAGGAAUGUGCUGUGUGUCUCCCUUCUUCUGCCAUAGCCAGACAGACCUGCUUGCCCUUAACCAAGCUGAUCCUCAGUGCUGGGAAUCCUCCUCAGUCCUCCUUUUGGACAUGCGAAAGCCUCGCAUUUCCAACACUGUUUCAGGCUUCUGGGAUUUCAUGAUCUACCUGAAGUCAUCUGAGAACUUGAAGCAUGGGGCACUGUUUUGGGAUCUGGCCCAGCUCUUCUGGGACAUCUAUGUGGACUGUGUUCUCUCCAGGAACCAUGGCUUAGGAAGGAGACAGUUGGCUGGAAAGGAAGAGAAAAUCUCAGGAGUGCAGGCACAGCGCACAGGGAGUAAAAAAGGUACAUAUUCUCAGCUUCUAAGAACCCCUUUCCUAAAGAAGAAAGAGUUGAUUGAAGAUUCAAUAAGCAUGCAUGUACGCAAGAGUGGGUCCAGGUUCACAGGAAAAGUGAACCUUGAAAUAAAGAGAAAGUAA